CGUGGAGGUAGAGGAAGACAUUCAACGAGUCAGCCUACCUGUCAGGACUUCAUUUGCGCCGGAUUCGAUCGGCUCGAUCUGCUCUCUCGAGAUCACACUGGCACUUUUGUGCUUGUAGCAAGCCCACGUCCUGCAGUAGAGGUCCUGCUGUGAGAGUCGCAAUUCGUAUGCAAGUAAUUGACGAAGGCCGCGGAAGAGAGGCCGAAGGAGAGAGCCGGAGGAGGAAAAGCAGGCUGGCCUCGUUGUCACCUUCGCACUCACCAUCGACCGAAGGCCCGCCACCCAAGGCCCGACGCAUACAGAGAGCUUGCUUGCAAUGCCGAGCGCGCAAGCAAAGGUGCCGUCUGACGUUUUCCACCCGCAAUGUUAGUGUCGAUCAGCAGGAUACGGCAGCCUGCUGGCGAUGUGUACAAAAUGGCGUGGCCUGCUCUUUUGCCAGCGAGGAGCUUUCGAGUCAAGAAGUAGGCCAGUCCAGCGUCAGCCGCAUGCCAUACGAUGUGCAAGCUAGACUUGAUGAUCAGCAGGCCAGGAUUGAGCGUCUCGAGUACAAGAUAUCUGCCAUGCGUAGCGUCUGGACACCGCUUGCAGAUGCUAACCACGACGCAGCAGUGCGAUCGGUAGCUGGCACCGACGAUGACAUUGAGAGCCGCCAAUCAUGGCCGGCUAUAAAAAGCAAUGCGCACACAAGCGACAUCGAUGCGGUCAGUUUGGGGCCACCGAUGGCCACCCUGCGUUUUCUGAGAUCUCCCCGAAAUCGUCAAGCUACUCGAGACUUUGACAGCGCAGGAGCUCUCAACGAAAGGGACGGCUUUGAGGUUGGUGAUGAUGCAGAACAACACAGCGUGGAAAGAGGCCGCCGAAGAAGCCGAGCCCAAGAAUCUGAUCUUGAAGGGCCGGCAAAUGAGCUUGACCCCGUGGAGCGAGGAUGGAUGACGUAUCGUGAAGCCUGCAUUGCUGUCGAGAUCUUCUUUGAUCACUGCCAUCCCGGCGCACCCUUCCUGAACGAAAAUCGGUGCCGCAAUGUGGAUCAGCUUCGUCAGACGAGCCCUCGACUGCUCCUUUCGCUCUGCUGCAUCGGCGCUCGCUUCUGGCCGGUCAGGACAGGAGCAAGGCUGACCAGCGUCGGCAUGCAUCCCAACUUCCCAGCUAUGGCCGCUCUCUUCGACGGGUCGAUCGCACGCCUUGUUCUGCAGCCAACGCAAGAGGAUGUGCAUGCCGACACGGUCGCAGUUCUCCUCCUGUACGCACAAUGGAUGACGCCGUGCGAGGCAUUCCCGGCGCCUGGGCGGCAGUGGAAGCCAAAGUUGCGAUAUAACGACAUUAGUGCCUUUACCAUCCUGGGGUUGACAGUGCGUCUAGCCAACCUGAUCGGGCUCAAUCGUAGCUGCAGGGCACUGCUUCGCGACCCAGACCAAGCUUCGUCUUGCACAUUGUCUGACCGCGUGCGACUUUGGUACAACUUGCUGUCGUGCGACUGUAACUUGGUCAUGACCUCAGGUCUUCACAGCUCUUUUAACGCUGCCCUCAUCGAUGAGGCCGCAGCCGCAUCGGAAUGUUUUGCCAGCCAUACCUUUGCGCAGCUUCCUGGCGAUGCACGACUCGCUGGCUUGAUACAAUUGGUGUCCAUCGUGUCAGGGCUAAAUGCGCGCAGCCAUACGUCACAGCAACAGCCGCACGAGUUCGACGCAACCCAGUUGCAAAAGAUAAAUGUCGAAAUGGAUGAAUGGGAGAGGAAAUGGACGUCGAGACUAUCGCACCUUCCUCUGCAGUUUGCGAGAAUGCCAUUGUACUCGGUCAGGGCCUACCGCAUUGCGAUCAACAGCGUGGCACUGCGUCCUUUCUUCACGUCGGUACGAGGUCAAGUAGCCCCAGCGCGGAACAACGAAGCGAAUGCAGCCUCGAGACCUGUCAGAGUCGGAGCAAGUGUCGUGCAGAGCCUUCGCAAGAGCGUGGCAGCUGCUGCGCAGACGAUCCUCUUCAUGUCAACAUGUCCUCCUGCAUCGGUGAUGGUGCUCGAUCCUCAGAACCCUCGCUCGGUGCCUCAUCCGCCGUGGUUGGUCGACGAAACCUGUGCCAAUGCGCUUGUCUACGCGGUCGAUUCGACAUGGGUCACCCACGCCUUUGCGAUAUCGUACCUUGUUUUGUGUUUUGUAAGAGGCAUUAUCGAUGCCGAGCUGCAGGUGAGCGUGCUGGAGUAUGCUCAAGGCAAUAGGCAAUUGUGUCGAUCGACAUCGAUGCUGGCCAUGCUCGCCGACCUGGCGAGCGCCAUCUACGAUACCGUCUGCGCAGGCACAGGCGAGCACCACCCGUCUCAUCACUAUCGGAGGCUCGUCUACGCUGCGUGCUCCCUUGCACGUCGAUCGGAGCCGGAGAAGGACUUGCCAACGGAAAGGCGUGUGCGACCCCGGACCAGUGCGCAGUACGAUCAUCAACCACAUCACGUUCAAGCGCAGGGAUGGCCUCAGCAGGAGCCUGAGGAGGAGCAAGCUUUGCCACAACAUCCUUAUUCUCCUGGAGGACUCUCUGAUCUUCGACAAUAACAAUGGCAAGCGGAUCAAACGGGUCAGAACGGAUUUGGAGACGAGGCCCAGCUGCUUCUUGAACUAAUGAAUGAUUCCGGUCUCGAGUGGUUUAACAAUCUCUUUGAUCAGGACAUUUCCUUUGCUGCACAAUAAUGCAAUUUUGAGCCGGA